AGGAUGACGCUAUCGUCCGUACAGCACGUUGUCGUGGUUUUUUCCCCUUCCCCUUCCCAUGUUGCUUCAUCUUGAGAAUUCAUUUGUUUGUUGAUACUUUUCUUUGGUAUUCUGUCGAACGCACGCGUGAACGUCGGUCAGAACUCCCUCCUCCAUAAAAGCAAAAACGUUCUUUAUAGUCUUCGUUUUCACCUCGUUUUGAGAACAAAAGUCUUUGCAGCGAUUCCUCAAUUCAUCACGCGCUUUUGCGGCUCUCUUUGUCUUCUCUGUUGUCCGCUCUUGUUCUUCCUCCAAUUCUAUAUUUCUUUUGCGACUCUCACGUUCACGGGUGUGCGUGUUUGGGCCGUAACCCCCCCCCCCCCCGUAAAAGAAAAGCAUUUAUACGCACAUUCAAAAGAGGAGGCUAAAGCAGAGAAGAGGGAAGCACAACCGCACUCUGUUUUCAGUGCGGACCACCGUGAAGGUGCGCCGUACCGAGCGCUAUUUUUAUCACCCACCCACCCAUUUCGGCUACUGCUCCUGUGCAAAGGGAGGAGCGGCGUUGCUAUUUUAAGUCCUGUGAAAGAUAUUUGUGUCUGCAGCUUUGCACUCGCCAGGUGCUGGUCGCUGUUGUGCCUCUCUGUUCAGUAUUUUAGCAAAUUGAGGACGACACACAAUAUAAAUAUAGGCUUUCGCUCUCCCUCACCCACUACCCCACUAUACCGACGCUCGUGCAUGCGUGCUUUUGAGCGCGCGUGUGUGUGUGUGUGAUCGUUGCGAGGCUGCUGUGUAUUGGCUCACGACAGUGGUGACAGUAACUGUCUUCUCAGACAGCAGCAGCAGCAGUAGCAGCGACGUUUAUUACUUGAACUAUUAUUGUCGCUUUGUUGUGAGGUAACUGGUGUCACACCGAACCUUUCUACGCGUUGUUUUUGUUGCCUAAUACAUAUACACACACAUAUUAUAUAUUUUUCACUGGUUGUAUUUGACGUAGCGAGCCUUUGUGUUUCGGGCACUGCUCGCCACCUUUGCGUCUCCUUCACGCCUUCCUUUUUUUUUCUCUGGUAGUACCGACGCGUCUCCGUUUUCUUUUUCUCCGUUCCCACAUACACCCACAACGAGAAAGGGAGAAAAAGCAACAUCAGUUGAAGUCUAGCAAACGAUGCCGUCGCUGUCGGAGCGUGACCUCGGCCACGUGGAGAAGCUUUUCAACGCCGUCAGCAGUGUUCUCGACUACGAUCAUGCCCACCGCACCUACGACACCGCCACCACCUCUGCCGGCCCUGCGACGAGCAACGCCAACUUCGUUCCCGUACCCUCGCCCAACGCUACGGAUGCCCUUCCGGCCCCCCAGCAGCAGCCGUCGUCGAAAUCUAGAAGAGCACAGUUUUCGCUCCCACCUACGGUGGUGGGAAGCGGGCGAAAUGCAGCGAGCAGCCCCGAUAGCUCGUCCGCCACGCUCGCGUCCACGGUGACGCCCUCCGAAGUAUUGCGGGAGCACCAAGAUCAGCUGACUGAGCAGAGCCGUGGCCGAUUUACGACCUCGUCGACCGGCGCCGUCAGCGGGUAUGUGUCGAAGCGACGACUGUGGGCGGAGCUGGCCUUUCUUAUAUGGCGUGUCGUUGGCCUGCAGAAGCUGUCCCUCAUGGCCUUUGUGACGAGUAAUCCGGAUGAGAUGCUGAUCGCCCUCGCCCGGGCGCUGCUCAGCUUUCUGAAGGAGUCCUGCGCGACGUUCGCGGGUCUUGGCAAGGCGAUGCGCAUGCGCCAAGUUGGCCUCCUCGCGCAGGAGCGCCUCCUCUUUCUCCUUCGUGUCUUCUGCAACCUGAAGAACUGCACGGUGAUGCUGAGUGAGAUAAGCGGGGCGAGCAGCGCGGCGGAUGCGCAGGUCGUCUUCGACGCGAUCUGCGCCGUUGUCGUGGCGGGCCAGCACUUCUCGUGGAUGUCGCAGAUUUACGUGUGGUUUUGCGACGAGGCGGCUCGCUUUUCCGCCGCGGGUGCGGCCAUCCCCAGCGCGUACGUCUACGCCACCCACGAUGCCCUGCAGUGCGUCCUCGGCUGCUGUACGAAUCAGGCGGCGUGUGCGCGUGCGUUUCUCUACGCCGAGCCGGUGGCGUGCGUGACGUACAUGUUCUACGGCCUGAAGCUGCGUAUUUCGACCUGUGAUGUGCUGCGGCCGUAUGAGGACGAUCGCGUGUUGAAGGAGACGCUGCCAGCAGUGACCGCGGCAGCAUCAUCAUUGUCAGCAGAGCCUCCAUCCGCAAUACAGCGUGAGCCCGCGACCUCGAGCGUGGGCAACUCCCGCAGCGCGCUGCCUCGCCACCUGAACUCGUUUGCAGCGAGUGAAAGUGACGCCAACGCGCAGCUGUGCAACUCACCCAUUCCUUUACGUCCGCCCGGUGCUCGGUAUCUAAACACGCGGUAUUUUGGUUUGCUUACCUUAGGUCCAGCUUCCGCGCCAGUCUCUCCCGGACUGCAGCAGCAGCAGCAGCAGCAGCAGCGUGAGGGCCCCAUUGUGGUAAACUGCUCCGCCGUUGCCUCGCUUGUGCGCCCCUCUCCAUCGCCGUCGUUGUCGUCGCAGAAGGUGAAUUUGAGCACUUCCUGGGCCUUUGACACGCCAGGCCUCACGCGGGAGCAGUUGAAGCAGCUGCUUCUUGGCGGCCGCGAGAACGCCUUCGACGCGCUUCUGUUCGCGGCGCUCGACGUGGUUGUCGAGGUGCUGCGGGUGACACGUGACUACGGGCAUUGGAUGGUGCUCUCGAUGGUCAGCAACUUGUUGCUGCUGAGUAGGAAGAACAUCGACGUGAGCGACGUGGCUUCGCCGACAACGACGUCUGCUGCUGCUGCCGCACUGCCUGCACCGCUGCCGCUCUCGCACGUGGUCGCCAUGUACGAGAACAUUACCGUCAUGUUUGUGUUUCUCUUCUCGCUCAUGCAGGGCCUCGACGAUGACGAUGACGAUGGCAGACCGCUGCGCAGAAGUGACGGCCACGGCUCUGCAAAUGCGGAGAAGCCGGCAUCCGGCGCCGCAGGAAGCACCGGCGUUGAGGACAACGUUGCCGACAAGGCGGUGUUUGUCAAAGGCGAGAAGAGUCGUGGAGGGUCUACCGGGCCGUCGGGCACGCACGGUGGGGGGAAAGACAACACGCCGCUGCCACCGUCCUCCUCGCUGCACCAGCCCAGUGCGCUCGCGUCCGCCGCACGUGUCGGGCUCAGCGCCGGCUCCAUCAGCUCCACACCAGCGCCGGAGCGGUUCACCGCCGCCGCGACUACCUCCCCGCAUGACACUCCGCAGCUGCGUGAGGACCUCUCCCAGCACUUGGUGCAUAUGGUGCUGCAGACGGACGUGCACGCCGUCGUGGUCGCCACCACGCGCGUCCUGCAGUGCGACCGCACGCUCUUUCGCGUCCUGCACCAGUUCUGCGUGCUCGACGGGCGCACGAUGGAGCAGCCCAAACUGCCACUCUUGCCGCCGCCGCCACCAGCUUCGAAGACGUCGGAUAGUAACAGCGUCCAUAUCGGCACGGGCAGCGGCCGACACCGCCGGCACAAUGCGUCGCAGGGACACACGGCGAAUGACACGACGUCCAUGUCGCUCUCCAGCGCCGGUGGGGGAGUCAAUGCGAGUCGGGCGCUGACCGGCGGCUCUCUGCCGUUCGCCUCCCUCGGUUCGCCCUACUCUGGAAGCGCCGCCACGUUAACUCCGUACCUCUCGAGCGGCCGCGGUGCGGGAGGGAGGCGCGUCGGCGCCCUCGACGGCACGUACGACAGCAGCGCCCCUGUCUUCAACGCUGCCGCCAGCUUUUUCACCACCGCCAACUUUGGGGACCUGCGGCAGGUGGUGAACGCGAUCGGCGUCGGCGGCAGUGAGACACCAAACGACGGCGGCCUGCCCAGUGGUGGCCUGUCGGGUGACUUCAGCGGCAGUCACGGCUCGCUGCAAGGUACGCGCGGCAGCGGCGUGGGCAACUCAAGCGGCACCGCCAACACCUCGCAGCGCCGCUCCUCGAACGCACAGAAGUUGCAGAAGCAGCGUGUGCGGAACCGCAGCCAGGGCACGGACAAGAAAAGCGGCGGCAGCGGGGAGAACUUCGCCAAGUCCUUCUUUAAGUCCUUCUUUGGAAGCGGCAAGAAGGGCGGCGGUCUCUUCACCCGCAGCAUCACGAACGACGUGGAUGAAGGCGUGGAGCCCAACAGCGACGACGAGGGCUCGUUGGACGGCGACUCCUCCUCGGCAGGUUCGUCGUCGUCGUCCUCCGCCAGUGGCGACAGCGACAAGAGCAACGUUCUCGGCAACGCCGCUGAGGUUGCCGGCGGGGCUGACCCGCAACUCUCCACGAUGCGCAGUUUCGGGGCGGCCAGCAGUGGCUCGGCGCUGCGGCGCAGCAGCGUUACAUCUGGCGGCUCACGCCGGCCGCCGCUCUCUCCCUUCACACAGCACACACGUCGUAGUCACAGACACCAUCGCAACCGCAGCAGAGCCAGACCGCAUGAUUCACCUUGGCGUGAUGUCCCAUCUUUCAUUGCACUCAUCAGCGAGCUCGUGCGCAUAUUCAACCUUAUCCUGGCGGACACAGAGCUUUCGAUUGAUGUGCGACUCGGGGCGGGGCUGCUGCUGCCGAGCAUUGUCCUGCGUGACACUCAGGUGUUUCGCCUAUACGAGGGCCGCGUGCUGAUCCGCAACUACCUUAGCCUGCUGCUGCAUGAGCUCCAGCAUAACAUCCAGCUGCGGUCUGUCGACGACGGCAACGACACCACUACUGCACAACAGCCGCAGACGUCCACCGGCGAGGUGCUUAGUCAAGAGAAGAGGUCAGGCGAGGGCCCAGUGCAAGACCCUGCGACGCCAGCGAUCAUCGGCAGCAGCAGUGGGGGGGGCGGCGGCAACGUGGUCAGCGGCCGCGCGCACUUGACACAGCGCGAACUCAUCACCUUGGUGUCACGUGUGAUGGAGGCGCUGGAGCAGACUUUCAAGGUGCUCGGCGCGACCCCGCUGACGAGCGACGUCGCCUCACUGACAGAGCUCCCGUUGUACUUCUUCUGCGCGGAUGGUAAGACGCCCUUCGGCAACGCGCUCGAGCGAUCUUUUACGCGCGUGGUGGUGCUCUGGUUGAUUGGCCUUGUCGGCGCGCAGUGCGACGAAGACAUUGAUAAGAACGCCAUGGAGGUCCUUCUUCGUUUGAUGAGUCGCGCCGUCACGCGGGGGUCGCUGCCACGAGACAGCGGCACCACGUUGAUGCUCAACGCCGCCGGUACAGCCACCGUCGUGCAGAUCAGCUCCGUCUCGGGCGCAGCCGUGCCAGACAUGCCCGGAACGUCAACGUGGGACUGGACGGAGAGUCACCGUGUACUCCUCGAUGACGCUGAUGUCGCGGCGGCCAGCGAUGCUGGUGCUAAGGGUGAUGGUGGUAGUGGUCUCUCGGCCCAUGCAGAGUCGGCAAUUACGGGGCCUCUGUCGGCUUCCAGCGGGCCUGUCGCGACAUCCCUUGCAAGUGGACGUACGGGACACGUGGCAGGUGCUGCUGCUGCUUCUUUGUCCCUUCUCCCAGACGACGGCAACGGCGACGUGGGUGGGCUGUACCGCGGUAACGUCAACAACUCCUUGUUUGAUAAAACCGAGUUUGUCGGGCUGGCGGCGGCGGCGGGCACCGAUCGCGCCGUGGCGGAGUGCGGCAAUACCGUUGAGGCCCUCGGGUCUGUCUUUCGUGUGCUGCUGGGGCGCUCACCCGAGCUGCUGACCCCAGCCGGGCUGUCGACGGUGCUGGCCUUAUUUGCGAGCCACGACAGCAACGUGUCCUGGCUGGGGCGGGAGUGCAUGAUGCGCUCCUUGGAAACGCCCUCCUCCUACCUCCUCUACGCGGACGUGAUUCGCGACAGCGACUCCUUUGCCCUCACGCAGACCCUCUCCGUCAUCUCCGCCUAUCUGAGCAGCAGUGCCUUGAGCCCCGUUGCGCGGCACGAGCGGCGGGUGUGGAUGCAGCGCUCCGGCUGCGUGGACGCCGCGGUGCGGGUGCUGGUCCGCGUGCUAGACUCCCCGUACUCUACGCCGACCUUCAUGAAAACCAUCCCCCACCUUUUCCAGCUGCUGUCUGCGUUUGAGUCGGUGGAGCACACGGCCCCGCAGCUAUCCGGCACCAACUUCGUGGCCGCCGUGACGGAGCGGCUGGAGAGGCUGGAGGGGACGGAGUAUUUCAUUAUCAUCACGCAGGCCGUCCUGGACUCCUGCAUGGGCACCUACGGCGGCGUCGAUGGCAGCUACACAAACGCCGGCGGCCCUGGUGCGCACUACGCGGAGAUGCAAGUGGUGGGAAGCUUUCACAUUGCACAGCACAACUGCGCAGCAGAGAAGCCGGUCUUCUUGGAGCUGCUCCCCUCGCUGCUGCGCUUUGCGGAGAGGCACAACGCGCAACUGUACAGCGAGUUAGUCGAGGUGCUCUUCCGUGUCCUUGAGUGCACCGGCAACGUGCGAUCGGAUCGCCUGGCGGACUUGGUGCUCGACCACGGACUCUCCCAGAUGCUGCCCUACCUGGAGCUGUCCGGCGCCUACGUUGAAGAGCGGCUUCCCUUUACAGGAAGUGCUGCGGAGCUGCAUCGCUUUUGGCAGCCGGUGCUGCUGCGUGCGCCGCGCCGCAGCGAGCUGCGCUUUACCUCCUUCGGCGGUGUGCAGAUCAGUGUCGGCACCUGGCCCGACACCGGCUUCACGAUCGGUGCGUGGUUCAAGUUUGAUCGUCUCUACUCCACCAUUCCUCUCUUUGAGUUUCAGGGCGUAAUCAGCGACGGCGGCGGUGGUGGCGCUUCCACUGCACCGCGUGGGUCGCCGAACUUGACGGCGUUGCUUUUCAUCUUCGGUGGCGACAGCGUGCAGCUUACCCUGAACGACGCGCGACGCAGCACCGUCAACGAGCACCAAGCGCUGCAGAACUUCGUGCCCAAUAAAUGGAUGCACGUCUGCGCGGUGCUCCGCACGACGCAGGUGCUGGACGUAUACAUGAGCGGCUUCAAGGUCGGCACCACGGCCUUCCCCGCCUUCGCCUCGGGAACCGAUGUACGCGUGAACGUUGGGUGCACCGAUGCUCUCGCACAACACCCCUACGGCGGUGGCGGCGGUGGUGGCGGCGGCGGAGGCGCGAGUGCGAAUGCAGCUUCGCUCUUCUCGAUGGGGGACGUGACGCUUUGGGCGCAGGCGUUGAACCGGUCCCAGGUGGAGGCGGAGCUCGCGAGCACUGACUGUCGCGGCAUCGGCAGCAGCCGGCUCGUCGUCCCGGCCAAGAUUUUGGAAGAGUCGAUUCCGCAGGAGCUGACGCUGGUGCGUCACAUGAGUAACGCCAGUGUUGGGGCGGCGGUGGGGUCUCCGGGGCAGGUGGGUGGCAACUUCGCUGGCUUCGCUGCCUUGAUCAAUCCGAAAUCAGCCGCGGCUGGGGUCGGUGGCGGUGGCGGAGGGGUGAGCAACGCAAGCAUCGGGUCCGCCGGGCACGACCCACGCAACGUCCUCGGUCUGUCCUUCUCGGCCAUGGCGUCUGGUGGCAGUGGAGGAGCAGCGAGUAACAACAACGCUGAAUAUGACGAAGCAAUGAACAGCGGUGACGGUGGUAGCUGGAGGAGCUCCGCGCAGUCGCGGCUGCCGAUCUCCACGCGUAUGGCGCGUUUUGUGCCCUACGAAAACGACGACAACCUGCUGCGCAACGUGCUAUCGAACACGGCGAGCUACCCCGUUGUAGCGAAGCUGGUGGGGCGUUACGCUACCCCGCCCAAGACCUGGGUGGACUACCCGCUGCUGUGGGCAACUCGUGGCGGCGUUACGCGUUUGUUAGACUGGCUUCACCUGGUCACUUCCUCCGCGCAACUCGAAGGCCUUCUGCAGCUAAUUACCGUGUGCUUCCUGCGCACCACGCUGGCCGUGACACUCGACGCGCGCACCUACAUGCUCUUCGCCUACAUGUUGACGCACCACGUGGCGGCCUUCUUCACCAACGCGGCGUGCGACCAGCUGUUGACGCUGGCCUCGUCGCAGAUCAACGUCUUCGACGAGGAGCACCGCAUCAUCGUGAACCGUCUAGCCUUCGAGCACAUCCUCGGCAACGUUGCCUUCUACGCCGCCAUUCCCUUAGACGCGGCGCUCUACCUGCUGCAGCGUGUCCAUCGCCUCUUUCACCCUUCGCAGUGCCGCUACGCGAGGCACAACGCGCGCUUUGUCAUUCCGUACCGUUUCGUGGAUCGGCUGCUACACAGCCUCGUCGAUGUGGCUGCGCAGACCCCGCUACCGCUACGCUCUGCGGUGGUGCAGGUCGCCCAGCAGGUCUUCGUGGCCUGCGACAUGGAGGAGGGCCUCGUGCAGAUUUUUGUGUCGCUCGUCGCGCUGCUCACCCCGGAUGUGGCGACGGUCGUGAGUCGCUUCAACCCACACGUGAAGGCAACGCUGCCGGUGCUGACCGCCAUGACGCACGGCAAGAACUCACUGCCGCUGCGCACGGCGAAUUAUCUGACGACGCUGUUGUUGUCCAGCUUGGUGGAGUGUACGGCGCAGGGCGCCUUCCUCACCGCACUCGCCCGCACAGUGGACCUGCCGUGGUACGCGUCGUGUCUCUCGCGCUUCGCCGACCCGACGAGCGUGGUCCUCGCCACGCGCAUCUUCUUCGAAGCCGUCGAGCACAACCCGAUCCUACAAGAGGAGGCGAUGCAGCACCAAUCCGCGAUCAUCGAGGCAUUGACGGUGCACGCCGCGCAUGACGACCUGGUGCUGUUACUGCUGGCGCAGUCGGUCGGGGCAGCGCGCCACGUCGACGUUCUCUCCCGGAAGCACUCCCUCCAGCAGCAACUCGACAGCGUCAUGACCACCUUUCAUGUGCACCCCAACUCCCUUGUGGCCCCCAUCUUCGUCAAGAUCUUCGUCGUGCAUCUCUAUCGAACGGUGCAGGCCCCGCGCCGGCAGGCUACCCGGUCCACCGCAGUGCGGCUCGGGGAGCGGCGGCUGUCGUACCGCGUACGCCGCUACUUCAGCCUGGCCCGUAUCUGCAGCCGAAUCAUGAUUCUCCUUCGCGUCAAGCGCUACCGUGCGCUGCUCCUGCCUCCGAUGCUCGUCUCCACCUCUAGCACGCCAGUGCUGGGGCCCACGAACUUGCCGCGGCACCAACGCACGCGCAGUGCUGGCAUGCUGAGCGGGAUCAGCUCCAAUAUGAGCUUCGCGCAGAGUGCCGCGACCGGCCCCAUCACCACCACAACGCCAGGCAACCUUUCGUUCGCGACAAGCGCGCUCGUCAGCGGCGCUGGAACAGGUGGUGUCAGCGCGCAGCACCUGCCGUCUUUCGCGGUCAGUCCUCUCGGGUUGCAGGAUGCGAUGGCACUCAACAGCAGCGGCGACGGCGGAGGUCCACUGCGGGGCCUUUCUCCGCCGAUGACAUCGUUGGCCGCUCGCGGUAGCUCCGGCCGCGGUGAGGACGACCACCACUACCAUGACGACGAUGAGCUGCAGGCCAGUCGCAGUGUCUUGAGCAGUCACAGCGACAUGAAGUUGGUGAUGCCGCCACCAAUGAGUGGUGGAUUCGGCGGCGACAGCUCGAACUCUAGGGAUGAUGACGGCGUGGGGGGGGCGAUGCAGCAGUGGAAGCCGCCGGUGUUGCUGCCGGACAUGUGGUCCGUGCCCGCCCCACUUACCACGUCCACGACAAUCGCCGUUCCAGCACCGGCUGCGUCACCGCCGACGACGCCGCGCACGUCGAGCCUGUCGCACCGCCUGCUGACCGAUGCCACGGAAGGUGCCGCUCGUGGCAGCGGCAAUGCAAGUCGUAUGACGCCACCAAUAAGCCUGGGGACGUCGCCGACCAGCGCUAACGCCGCCGUCCGACGAGUGCGCGUGAGCGACGGCAAGCAGACGGACGACGACGUCAGCGCCAGCGAGGAUAGCGGCGACGACGACAACGUGGCGGAGGAGAAGGCGGAGCGGAAGAUGAGCUCGCAGUUCUACGUGCACUCGCAUACGCACAAGCGCGCCUUCGCGGUGCUGCGGGUUUGCGUCUUGCUGUGGCUGCCGAUAGAGGUCCGCCGCUCGCGUUGGGUCAUCACAACCGCCAACAGCACACACACGCUGUCGAGCGAGGAGGACUACGCCACCCGCCACGCCACGACACUCUUCUGCAUCCGCAUGUUCCGCCACUUCGCCUCCUUUUCCGCCAACUUCUACCUCUUUGUGAGCUCGCCGCUGCAGGUCGGCGCGCUGAGCGCGUUGGCGGCGUACAUCACACGCGACAUGCUGGUGGAGGAGGCGGAUACGUGGAACACGGUGAUUCACACGAUGACGUCCGCCCCGAUGCGGCAGUCCGGGACGGCGUCAGGCCCCUCCAUGGCGGUGGAUAAGCCUACGACCUACGAAUCCGCAGCAGCAACAGCUUCGACGACGAUGACAUCACAUGCGACCGGCGAGGCCUCCUCGUUGCCGCAGCAGGAGCCCGGUGUGACGCCCAUCGACGACAGAACAGUACAGCAGCAGCAGCAGCAGCAACAACAGCAAGGAGGAGAGAAGGCAAAGAAUGAACGGCCGGCCGAGGCGGCAGAUGACAGCGCCCCGUCCACAUCACCGACACCUGUGUUAGCACCGACGGUCGCCUUUCAGGCAUCAUCUCCCAAUAUCGAGACCAUUCACAACAACGGCGACAAGAGUGAAAAUGCCGGUGACGGUAGUGGGGCCCUCACCGAGGCGCGAAGACGGCGGAGAGGCAGCGGUGCAGCCGCAGCGACUCCGUUGACCGUUUCUGCGCCGACACAAUCUGCCCAGUCGCCCACCUCGGCCACCCAACGCAUGCCACGCAUCAGUUCCAUGACGUUUCGCACUGCGGAGUCGUCGUCUGCGCAGCUGGAUCAAAUGACGGUGCUCGAGUCGCCGGAAAGCAGCGUGCGGUUUGUCUACGAUCUCGAGGACGACGUCGACGAAGACGGUGUGGCGAGCAACACCGCCACGGCCUCUCCCCUGCAACGGCGGGGUGGAACAGUGCCGGUGGUGGGCGGGGAAAGCGUGAACGAUGUUGACGUGAACAGCGUGCCGAACACCUCGUUUGAUGCGGAGGGCCCGCCGUCGAUCAACGUGACACGGGUGCCGCCGCGGCGUCUCAUGAUGCAACAGAAGUUUAUGCGGCAGCAGCAGCAGCAACAGACGUCAUCGAGCCUUCCACUUUCCUCGUCCGCGCCGCCAACCGCAACGGCGGAUUCGGUGCCGUCCUUCUUGAACGAAACACGCAGACAGGACGCGUUACAGGAAACCGCAAAGCCGAGUACGGCGGCUGCCUCACUCGGCGCUACUCACCCAGACCCAGGCAGCCCUCUCGGCUCUCCUGAUGGUGCGCUGGACACCUCAAGGAGGGAGUACGCCAAAACAAAGGAAGUCAACAACAAGGAGGAGGAAGACGGCGACGACGACGACGAUGACAGCUCGUCCGUUUCAUCCGCCGACUCUGCCACAAGUCAGACCUCCGCCGCUUCCACAAACUCAGCGCCCAUCACCUCCUCGACCGUGCUCGCGUCCACGUUCUCCACCACGACGGAGGUGGCGCCGUCCUCUGCGCCGACGACGACCGCGGCUGCCGGCAAGAAGGCGGUGAAUGCGCCGGUGCCGUCCUUCUCGAACUUGCCAGAUGCCCCAAAUGCCCUGCUGACGUGCGAUCCGGUCGACGCGUACCCCGGGAACAUCGCUAAGGUGGCGGCGUGUGCGGGCGAGGUGGUCCAGCGAGACGCGGUGAGCAUUCUGCAGGCGUUGAUCCGCGCCUCCCUCGACACGUUACCCGUGCCGCACUGGAUAGGCGGGCCUACCUACGGCUCCUGCGGUGGGCUGCUCUUUCAGCUGCUGCUGAUUGUGUCUGCCAAGGCGGCCACCGAUGACGCGACGACGACGCUCGUGCAGUACUUUUUGUUGAGUGUCGGCAACGCAGUGAAGGAGCAGCGCGAUCGCGAGUUGGCGCUGCCGCCACGGCAAGACGCCACCACCACCGCUGGCUCCCCGCUGGGCCCGCACUGCCCGCUGUCCGCCACCCCGAUGUUUCCGGGCCUGGGCGAUGCAAGUUUCGGCCACGGUGCGAUGGCCGCUUCUCCGCCGCCGCCACCGCCACCGUCUCGUGGGCUGUCCGGCUCUACGGAUAGCGCCAUGCACUCGUCCUCGCUGGCGAUGGGCGGGGGCGGCCUUUUCGGUACAACGAAUGCAUCCUUCACCUCUUCUGCGAUGCUGCCGCCGCUGUCGCCCAACGUGGGCGGGGCCGCCGCCGUUAGCAACCCCCUCCAUACCAGCAUUACCAACAAUGACAACAACUCCAACAUCACCGCUUCCGCGUCACUCGCCGGAACGCCGAUGCCGCUCGCCCCGACCCAACAACCUUUUUUUUCACCCAACAGCGUCCCGGCAGCGGCGGCGGCAUCAUCGCCUGCGGGGCCGCGUCACACGGUCCAGUUCGUCCAGCCGCCUCUCUCCCAACGUGCCGGCGGCAGCGGUGUGACGCACGUGCCGCACCCGCACGCUAUCUCCGCGUCGUCCUCCCCCAGCACCGGCAACUUUUCUGAUGUGUUUCUGUUCAACGUGAACCACUUUACAGAUCUGAUAGUUGACAUGCUCGCCAUUAACGUGCUGGACCUGCCGAUGGCGACCCAUUACUUCCUGACGUUGCUGCUGCUGUGCCAGGAGUGGCCCAGUCGCUACAUCGAUCAGCUCAGCUGGCAGGUGAUGCGGGCGUGCAUUGCGGUGCUGAACCGCCCCUCGAUGCAGGAUGCGAGCGUCGGCCUCAUCGAGAGCAUCUACACCCUCACCACUCUGGUCCUGCGACGUGGGUGGAAGCACAAGGGGGUGUUGGAGUGUCUCCUCCGCGUGCUGUACCGCGUGUACGGCGCGCUGCCGCCGGCGUGGAUGUCAGACGAGGACGCGAAGCACCGCAAGCGUCUCAUUACAUUAAUUUUCCGCCACAUGGUGCAGACCUAUGCCGACACGAAGGAGCUGGAGAAGGCGCUGACGGUGCGCACGCUGACGCAGCGGCUCUCGUUGUACGACGACUUUGUUAUGAUAUUUUCGCUGCCGAGCGAGGAGGAGUCGAUGGCGACCUUUGAACAAUACUGUGUCGCGCAGUCGUCGUCGAUGGAGACGCUAAUGUCGGGUCGACUCAAGGCAAAGGCGGACCUCGCUUUCAAGGCGAGCAUCAAGACGCGUAGCGAGUACAUCAAACGCAUCAAGGCCUUCAACAACCAAUACGUGCAGGUCACGGAGGUGGCGGACCGGUACAGAAAAGCGGCGCUGAAGAACAGCUAUGCCUCGCGCUUCUCCUCCUACGUCGCGACGACGCCGGUGCUUGAUGACUCGCAGCUGCACUGGCUGCUGUCCUUGACCUGCGCCCUAGACGGUGACCACCGUGCCGCCGCCUGUGGCAGUCACCCCGAGGCCGCAAGCGGAAUUGUGGUUUCCGACGACACGAAGGACGGCAAUAACAACGCCUCCUCCGCACCCCCACAUGAAUCGCAGCUGGAGCAGAUGCGCAACUGCGGUGACGUCACGCUCUACCACUUUCUCGACACGGAGCUCAACUACGGAGAGUUUAAAGGUGUGUUUUGGGGAACGGGACGCGCGGCCCACCACCACCGCAGCAACAACAGCUUUCUUGCGACAUCACACCUCGUAUCAGCCCCUGCGACAGCACGUGCGUCGUCAGCAACGAGUGGCGGCCAAUACAGCAGCCCUAACGCUUCCACCGCCCCGAGUUCGUUUGCCCGCACACGAUUGCUGUCCUCCGUGCGCGGCGCCUCUGUCAACGGUGAGGAUCCUGCAGCCGCGGUAGCGGAGACACAACCCGCCGCAGACGAUGACGCGGAGCCACAGCAGCAGCAGCACCAGUCCCAAAAAAAUGAUCUCGUGCGCGCCGCGCAGUGCGAGGAGGAGGUGCAGCACAUCGCCGUGCUACUGCCGCCCUUCACCACCCGCUGCCGUCCACACAUCGGUAACGAGGCGGUUCCCAUCUCGCUGAAGGACCUGUCCAUCACGCUAACCCCGUCAGCCCUGACGCUGCUGCGCUACCUGCUUGCGCCGAACGAGAUUCUACGCUUUAUCAGCAACGGCUUCCGCAUCAACGGCAUCCACGCCACGCCCUGUCUCAUCUUGCUGACAAGCACGACGUUGAAAGUCAUUGGGUUUUCGCGGGUUACGGAGGGGGGCGAUAUUAUUCUCUGCGAGUACGACGACGAUGAAGACGAUCCGCUGAGCCGCGCCGGCAACAGCAACGCUGCCUCCGCUGCCAGUCCGAGUGCGGAGACGACGGCAGCGCCGAUCAAAGCUGCGCGAAAAUAUAUGUUCAGUAUGUCCUCCAUGACGAAGCAGUUCCAGAAGUUCUUCACGGGCAACUCGACGAAGCGGCGGCAGCAGCAGGAUGGCACGCGUGUGGCGCAGGCGGUACGACAGGUCAUGGGCCGCAACUAUCAGAACAUAUUCUGGUCCUACCUCGUUAGCUCGAUCCGCACGGUGCGCUCGCUGCGUUAUAUGCACCUAGACACCGCCGUGCAGCUGCAGCUGUACUACGACGAGGGCCCGAUGCUGUCCGUGGUGGACGCGAGGCAAUCCAUGAACCCGUCCGCGCGGAAGGAGUUCAUGAAGGUGCUGAAAGAUGUCGUGGCGCCACAGCAAUGUACCUUUGUCGAUGAGACGCAGCGAGCUGCGAGCAUGAAGGCAAACCUCGUGCGGUGGGCGACAGGGGCGAUGUCCAACUACGACUACCUGCGUUUCUUAAACGAGGUGGCUGGUCGGACCAGUCGUGAUUUGAAUCAGUACCCCGUCUUUCCGUGGGUGCUGGCCGACUACGCGAGCGCGACGCUUGACCUGGAGUCCGCCGCCACCUUCCGUAACUUCGGCUACCCCAUGGGGGCGCAGACGGAGUCGCGGCGCGGCAUCGUGGCGCAGCUCUUCGAGAAUACGCGCGAAGUCUGCGACGUCGAGACGGGCAAGUCCUACCCGUUCCACCACGGCACCCACUACUCCACCAGCGGUGGUGUGCUGUACUUCUUACUGCGCGUGCAGCCCUUCACGACCUACGCCCGUCUUUUCCAGGGCGGUGACUUUGACCUGGCGAUGCGGCUCUUCGACUCCGUGGCGGCCUCCUUCAGCUCCUGCGUGACGGGGCCCGCGGACUGCAAGGAGUUGAUUCCCGAGUUCUACGUCACAAACAAUUUUCUGGCCAACGCCGACCACCUCCCGCUGGGCGUCAAGUCUGACGGCGAGCCGGUCGAUGACGUGCGGCUACCGCCCUGGGCGAAGAACUCCCGUCAGGUCUUCACGGCGGUGAUGCGCUAUGCCCUGGAGAGCUUCUACGUGAUCGAGCAUCUGCACCAGUGGAUCGACCUUGUCUUCGGUGUGCGGCGCCGCGGUCCGCUGGCGAUGGAGCGCUUCAACGUUUUUCAGCGCAUGACCUACGGCGAGGAGGUGGCGCAGGCCCUCCAAGAGGCGGGGACGCCGCACGAGUGUGAUGUCAUUAUUGCGGAGGUCGAAAACUUCGGCCAGACGCCGCCGCAGCUUUUCCAGGAGCGGCACCCGUCACACCAGGAACUCGUGCCGGUGCUGCAGGGCCGCGCGACGGAUGGUGGGUCCGCGGGCCACGGCACACGCAACGACAGUGGUGGUGGGGGAGGUGGAGGUGGAGGUGGUUCGAGCAACAAUCUCAACAGUGGUAGUGGGAAUAGCAGCGGCGGUGGUGCUGGUGGCCGCAGCGGCGCACCCAACGCUGCCAACGUGAGCGCCAUCACCCUCGGCGGACUCUACACCUCCGCCCACUCCGCCUCCUCGGCGUCCGGCGCAGGGACGCAGAUCGGGUCCACCUUCAGCAACUUACUCUCCUCCGGCACCUUUGCGAGCGGGCAGACGUACACGCAGGCAUUUCGACGAGAGGCGCCGAAGGUGGUGCGCAUCUUAAUUCACGCGAUGGAUGCGCCGCAGACGUGGUUUGUGCUACGCGACCCACCAAUCAACAUUCUGCAGCACCCACCCCCGCCGUCUCUGGUGGAGAACUUCCGCCAGUCGCGCCCCGCCGUGCUGCGCUUUUCGCCGCUGCACACGUCGAAGAAGCUGGCGUGCGCCUACGCGCAGCUCGUCCCGGUGCCGGACACGGACUACUACCUGUGCUGGCACGAGCACGAGGCACGACUUAUGCGCUACACAGCCGGCCAGGCUGUCUUCCACUCGAUGAUAGCCUUCAAGCCGCCGGACGAGAGCGGGGCACGCAUUAGCGCGGUGGCGGUCGGCACGCGGGAGUCGGUGCUGCUCAUCGCGAUUAGCACUGGGGCCGUGUACUGCCUCUUUCCUGAUGACAUUCUCAGCGGAGCGCUAUACCUGCGUGUCACGAUGUGCUAUCACCGAUACGCGGUGGAGAAGAUCGUGCUGGAUCCUGCGCGGCACCGCGCCAUCACCGUCACGCGCGGGCACCACGACGACGCGCCCAUUGUGUGGCGUGUGCAGCGCAGCAGCUGCAACUUUUUGUGUCGCCUGUCACUGGAGCAGCUGCUGCCCAUUCCGACUGAGGCGGAGCUGACGGCGGCGGGGCAGACCGCCGAGGACGCAAAGGACGCGCGCGGCGCGGUGGAUAUGGCGGUGGACAGCGUCACCGGACACAUCGCCGUUGCCACAGCCCGCGCGCUCGUCAUCUUCGACAACAACGGCGCACCCUUCGGUGUUGGCACGUUGCCCUCGCCCAACUCAGUGCGCGCAGUGGACUCUGUCACACUGGAGGACGACAACGGCGACGUGGGGGUGGUGGUCGGCCGCGCCGUCGUCGUGAUGCCGAACCUGACUGCCGUGUCCUUCUACCAAACGAGCGAGUGGGCGGCCGGCAUGUCGGUGCUGAUCACCGGGCACACGGAUGGCAGCCUGUCGGUGUGGCGCUGCCUGCGUCUGCCGCCCGACACCGUCGAGCCGGGCAAAAUAGCGAUGGUGGAGUUCCAUGCGCGCCUCUUUUCAGGAGCGGCGGCAACGGUGCCGUUGAGUGCGUCCGCCACUGUCGCCGCGGGCGCGUCGUCUGCUGCUGGCGGGGCGGCGGCUGUUGGUGGGGCUGCUGGUGGGAGUAGAGGGCAAGACGGUGGUGCGUCUCUCAGCCGCAGCCCGGCCCCUCUCGCUGCUGGCGGUACCGAUCGCCCCACCGCGACGGCGAACUCGUCCAGCUCUCCGUCCACCGCAGCGCUGGCCUCGACGAUGAGCAGUGCCGGGUGUGUGGGCACUGGGACCGGCGCGACGAACUGCCCGGUGACGUGUCUGCAGCAAGAGCGCGCCGAUGUGCCGACGUUCUUGGUGGGUUACGCGAACGGCUCGACGCGGCAGCUCGUGUUUGAGGAUCCGGCGUUGACCGCGGAGGCCGGGACGGCGGCAGCGGCGGUGAGGACAGAUGCCAACGUCUGUAGUGCAAAGAAGGCUCUUUAG